AGGGCGGGGCUCGCAGGGGGAACUGCUGCCGGGAGAGUAGGGCCCCGAGCCAGGGCCAUGGCGAAGCUGCUGAGCUGCGUCCUCGGCCCCCGGCUCUACAAAAUCUACCGCGGAAGGGACUCUGAAAGGACCGGUUCCGGCGUCCCUGAAACUUCAGCUUCAAUCACGAGCCCCCCUUCCAGCUCCUGGGAUACGUAUUAUCAGCCCCGGGCCCUGGAGAAACAUGCCGACAGCAUCCUGGCACUGGCUUCAGUCUUCUGGUCCAUCUCUUAUUACUCCUCUCCCUUCGCCUUCUUCUACUUAUACAGGAAAGGUUACUUGAGUCUGUCCAAAGUGGUACCGUUUUCUCACUAUGCUGGGACAUUGCUACUACUGGUGGCAGGUGUGGCCUGCCUCCGAGGCAUUGGCCGCUGGACCAACCCCCAGUACCGGCAGUUCAUCACCAUCUUGGAGGCCACACAUAGGAACCAGUCUGCAGAAAACAAGAGGCAGCUCGCCAACUACAACUUUGACUUCAAGAGCUGGCCAGUUGACUUCCACUGGGAAGAGCCCAGCAGCUGGAAGGAGUCCCGAGGGGGCUCUUCCCGUCGGGGCGUGGCCCUGCUCCGCCCAGAGCCCCUGCACCGGGGGACAGCAGACACCCUUCUCAACCGGGUCAAGAAGCUGCCUUGUCAGAUCACCAGCUACCUGGUGGCCCACACCCUGGGGCGCCGGAUGCUGUACCCGGGCUCUGUGUACUUGCUCCAGAAGGCCCUCAUGCCUGUGCUCUUGCAGGGCCAGGCCCGGCUGGUGGAAGAGUGUGAUGGGCGCCGGGCAAAGCUGCUGGCCUGUGAUGGCAAUGAGAUAGACACCAUGUUUGUGGACCGGCGGGGGACAGCUGAGCCCCAGGGACAGAAGCUGGUGAUCUGCUGUGAGGGGAACGCAGGCUUCUAUGAGGUGGGCUGCGUCUCCACACCUCUGGAAGCUGGAUACUCAGUCCUGGGCUGGAAUCAUCCAGGCUUUGCUGGCAGCACGGGGGUGCCAUUCCCACAGAGCGAGGCCAACGCCAUGGAUGUGGUGGUUCAGUUUGCCAUCCACCGCCUGGGCUUCCAACCCCAGGACAUCAUCCUCUAUGCCUGGUCCAUCGGAGGCUUCACUGCCACGUGGGCAGCCAUGUCUUACCCAGACAUUAGUGCUGUGAUCCUGGAUGCCUCCUUUGAUGACCUGGUACCCUUGGCCUUAAAAGUCAUGCCAGACAGCUGGAGGGGCCUGGUGACCAGGACUGUGAGGCAACACCUCAAUCUAAAUAACGCAGAACAGCUGUGCAGGUACCAUGGCCCUGUAUUGCUGAUCCGAAGAACCAAGGAUGAGAUCAUCACCACCACGGUUCCUGAAGACAUCAUGUCCAACCGAGGCAACGACCUCCUGCUGAAGCUUCUGCAGCAUCGGUAUCCCCGUGUGAUGGCGGAAGAGGGUCUUCAAGUGGUGAGGCAGUGGCUGGAGGCCUCCUCACAGCUGGAGGAAGCCUCAUUUUAUAGCCGAUGGGAGGUAGAGGAAGACUGGUGUCUGUCUGUCCUCCGCUCUUACGAGGCAGAACACGGGCUGGACUUCCCCUGGAGUGUGGGGGAGGACAUGAGUGUACAUGAAAGGCAACAGCUGGCUUUGUUUCUGGCCCAGAAACAUCUGCACAACUUUGAGGCCACACAUUGUACCCCGCUCCCAGUACAGAACUUCCAGAUGCCCUGGCACCUCUAGGGACCACAGUGGACCUCGUUCUGGAAGAAUGGGAUAAGAGGAGACAUAAGGAAGGACCCUCUUACUUGUGAUUCUCUGUGUUCAUAUUGCUGUUUAUAGUUUGUGAGAAGUGAGGACCACCCCCCUUUUCACUGUUCCUCUUGCACGUUUCCCCUCAUCCAUCUGGUAGUAACCUAACCUCCCCGGCAUUCACUCUGCAUUAAAUGAAUGGAUUUUUCCUAAUAAUAAAUGAAAAGGUAUUUUUUCUA